GAUCUCCACAACCCCACCACGAACUUUGUAGGUGCCACUUUCACGAAACGCGUCGGACCGCACAAUCAACGCGUAUACACAAGCGCAACUUUACAGUGCACAUCACCAUUCGGCCCAACAUCACAAAAUGCAGUGACCCGUCGAGCCAAAAGAUGCGAAAGCCACAUAAUGUCGACGAGCAAAUCCGAGCGCAUCGAGAAUGCGCUUCAAUCCUUGUUGGAGCGCCUCGUUCCUGGCCAACAACCUGAAGAAGAUGAAGAUGUUGCUGAUCAACGCUGGGACGAUGCGAGCGCUCUAGCGACGGCAAUACUCAGGCGUGGUGGGAGCGAAGCCGCACCUGCAGAGGAUGUCAACCAUGCCGCCGAACUGAUCCGACGCAAACUGCUGCGCGACAAUUCUGGACCCGAGAAGGCGGCCGCCUUCAGCAAUCUAUACUCCCGCUUGCUUGCUCAGCCGAUUUUGACCAAGAGAUGGGCCAUUCUAUACUUUCUGCUCAAGAUGGGUGAGGAUGGCGAGGAGCGCCAUACUACAGCCGCAGCUGCGAGUCGCUCGAUACCCGCAUCCAGUGCUUCAAGGGCUUUGCCAGCGCAUAGUGAACAAGAGCUAGGGAGGUCGCAAACAGCUGGGCGGCCAAGUCAAAAUGACCAGGCGCAAUACGAAGGGCGAAAUCCAGUGUUCGACACUGCUUUCUCGCGGAACGGAUUACCCAGGGUUCAAAACGGUCAAGCGCGUGAAAGUCCCAUGCCUACCACGCCGCGCGAGCGCGAGAGACCAAUGCCGCCACGAACGAGAGGGCAGGAAAAAGAGCCGGCGACCCCGGAGCCGGUGGUCAAGAAACCAGUCGAUGGACCGACAGAGCUUGCGCUGCUUCGCGAUCUGCCGUUCACCUUACAAGGCCUCUCGUCAACCCAUUUGCUGUUCGCGCAGAAGCAAUCUCUCAAACUCCCUUCGACCAUACCAGUGCCUCUCGUGUCCUUGCUUCAUACACUAGCCGAGCCAUCGUUGCUGUAUCAGUCGCUCUCGGAAUUUGUGGAAUCUUCCGAGGGCGGUCUAGUGGGACAGAGUCUUCGCGCAGCAAUUGCCAUUGAGCUGCGUUCUUAUCUCAGCCUCGUGGCUACUUUGGAAGGUCAAAUUCGGCGAGCGCUGACCCAAAUCGAGGAGAAUCCGUCGACAAACCUAAAUCAGGCGGGUGUGACGCUCAAGCGAUGCGUCGUCUGGACGCGAGAGGCUACUCUUGGUCUUCGCUUGAUGAGUGCUAUCGUUGUGUCGGCCGAAGGAAAGAAGGGCGGCGAACUCAUCAGCCUCAUUCACAAUUUCGCUUCAUCACAUGGUGAUCCUUUCGUCCACACUUUCGCCGAAAGGUUGCUCACGCAAAUCACAAGACCGUUUUAUAACAUGCUUCGUGCUUGGGUGUAUGAUGGCGAGCUCGAAGACCCCUACCUGGAAUUCUUCGUGUCAGAGAAUCCGGAUCAUGAAGAUAGCGGCGCCACGAGCGUGUGGGAACAUAAAUAUCUUCUGCAGGAGAACAUGAUUCCAUCCAUCAUGACUGCCGAUUUUGCCAACAAGGUCUUCCUGAUCGGCAAAAGUUUGAACUUCAUCCGAUACGGAUGCGCCGAUAGUGUUUGGGUGGAGAAUUACAGCAAAUCGACCUCACGUGAGCUAAAGUAUGGUGAUAAUGCCACUCUCUCACUAAGCAUAGACGAAGCAUACAAAACCGUUAUGGAGCGCUUGAUCAGCCUGAUGGAAACAAAGUUCGCGCUGUUUUCACAUUUGCAGGCCCUGAAGAAAUAUCUGUUGCUUGGUCAAGGAGACUUUAUUGCGUUGCUCAUGGAGUCGCUCUCGUCCAACCUCGACCGACCGGCCAACAGCCAAUAUCGUCACACCCUGACUGCGCAGCUCGAGCAUGCUAUCCGCAACUCCAACGCACAGUUUGAUAGUCCCGAUGUCCUCCGGCGCCUCGACGCUCGUAUGCUCGAGCUCAGCCAUGGCGAAAUCGGUUGGGACGUGUUUACCCUGGAGUAUAGGAUUGAUUCGCCGCUCGAUGUUAUUGUCACGCCUUGGGCAAGCAAGCAGUACCUCAAAGUCUUCAACUUCUUGUGGCGCGUGAAGCGUGUCGAAUUCGCCUUGUCGACGACGUGGCGCCGGGUCCAAACUGGAGCCAGGGGCGUCAUCAGCGCUGUAGAAGACAAACUAGGAGCGGACUGGAAGUCGGCCCGGGGAGGCGUGGCCGAAAUGAUCCACUUCAUCAACCAAUUGCAAUAUUACAUUCUGUUCGAAGUCAUUGAGGCUGGAUGGGAGGGUCUGCAAAAGGCCAUGCGGAAGCCAGAUGCCACUCUAGACACUCUGAUUUCCGCCCACACGACUUAUCUACGCUCCAUUACCCGCAAAGGCCUCCUCGGCGGCGGCGUUUCCGGCGCCGUGGAUUUCACGGCCCAACUCCACGAACUCCUCAAAUUGAUGCUCGCAUACCGCGACGCAGUGGACAGUCUCUACAGCUUCUCCGUCGCAGAGUACUCCCGACGGCAGGAACUCGCCGCCAAAAUCGAAACGCGCACCCGCGCCGGUCGCUGGGGCAUCACCGAAGCCGACGAGCUCGACUCCGCCGCCGCGUCACCACUGUUCACAUCUACUGCGCCAGGCAACAAAUCCCGCACGCGCAAUAAACACGACAGCGACGACCUCUCCAGCACGCGCCCUCUCCUCCCACUUCACACCGGCGGCAGCGGCAUCGAGGGCGAACGCGGCAUGCUGGAGCAACUCCGCCAGCGGCUCAAGACACUAGAGACGGACUUCCGGGCGCGCGUCAAUGUGUUGUUGGGGGAUCUGGCGUAUCAACCCGAUGUCGACAUGCGGUUUUUGGCCGUGGUCAUGAAUUUCAAUGAUGUGUAUGCGCCGGUUAAGCGCAGGCGUCAGCAUAAACCCGCGACGAGUGCGGCGUCGGUGGCGGCGACGGGCUCGGUGGCGGGAUCGGUCAGGGGGACGCAGCGGGCUGAUUCGAUUAAGGCGUGAUGAACGGAGGCUUUGUGAUGUCUCAUGACGAGGGAUGAUUUUAUUUUUUGGGGGAAGAUGAGGAAGGUCCAGAAAGGCGUUCAUGUGAGUUUUGGCGUUUAAAGCAGGUCAAGUUUCUUAUGGAAUUGGGGACUUUGAUUUCGUUGGGUUGUUUUUACAUCAUUUUAUCUACUCAAAACAAUUAGACGGUAUCCUGGACGGUGCGCUCAUGCUGCAAUGCUGCUUCACGACGACUCAUCACCGCUCUCCUC